AUGGCUCGAAUUAGUGAGCUGGAAUUUAUGAUGGAACUUUCAGUUAAUUUGUCGGCGGGUUUAUCGAAAAAAGAUCUGAACCAGCACUUGCAGAUUAUUCAUUCCACAUACCGAUGUCUGGUCUGCAACUUCACGACUCGAAGUAACGCCAGACUGAACAAACAUUUGAGUGAAAAUCAUUCCAGCCAGUCUGAGCAGGAACGCAUGAUGAACACGUCUUUAAGCAGCAACAAUGAGAACAAAAAAUCUAAAAGGUCAAGAAAGUACACUUGCAAGCAGUGCUCCUUCUCAACCACGAUUCAAGAAGACAUAUGGAUGCAUACUCGCGUACAUGUGCCUGCCUCCAAACUUCUUUCCUGCCCCCGCUGUCCAUUCGUAUGCGCCUUCAAGCAUCAUAUGCAGUACCACCUCAACAAUCAUUUCGGCUUCAAACCCUACAAAUGUGAACUAUGCAAUUAUCGUUGCAACAAUAAAUCGAUGUUGAACAGCCAUUUGAAGUCUCAUUCCAAUGAAUAUCCAUUCAAAUGUCAACAAUGCUCAUAUGCCUCCAAGUACAGACAAGCCUUGUACAUUCACAGCAUAAAAACCAAUCAUACCCUCAAUGAAAAUGUUAGCAACGUCUCGUCAAAGGAAAACAACAAAUCGUUCCAUUUAGAAAAAUGGAACAAGUUUCAGAAAAAGUCAGUUACUGCCUUUAAAAAUAAAAAUUUCAACUCUAGAGAUGUCAACAGGAAUUUGGAAAAUAUCAAUGAUUUUACAUCAUUAGAAGAUGUAAUAAAUAAUUACAAGAUCAACACAUUAAACUUUUGGGAAAUGAUUGAAUCAAACGCAUGUUCCAAGCUAAAUUUAAAUCAGACAAUAUCUCCUUUGGACAAAUAUUUACUGAGAAACAAAAUUUUUCCAAACAAUCAUCCGUCGAUGCAGCAAACUUCUCCAGUUAAGUUUUCCAACGAUUCCUUAAUGUCUUACAUUUUAUCCUCUCCCAUGCCACUUUUUCAAAAUACCACGGAGAACACUUCUUCCAUCCGAUCUAUGCCCUCCCUUUUGAACAAUUUUAAGAAUGAACCGCAGAGUCCUUCAUCUGAUUUCAGAAAAACUCCACAAAGUACCAACACUCCAGAUUUUGUAGACAAGAAGAAUCAAACUUCAACUUCUAUUGAAAAUCCCUCAACACUCGUCAACAACAACAACAAAUUCGACAAUGCACCAAACAAUCAAACACGCCAUUUAGAACAGUCGACACUACAAGAAAGCUCAUGUCUCUUUCCGUUAGAUUUGAGCUCAUCAACAAACAGAGCCCCGAGUCAAUCAGAAGGACAAAAUUCACCGGACAAUGAUUUACCUGAGCAUUGCACAAAAAGAGACGACGAUGAUAAAAAGGCUAAAAGUCCAAUGAAGGCAAAAAAAUUUAAGUGCUAUUACUGCAGGAUCACUUUUGACGAUGAAGUACUUUACGGGUUCCACAUGGAUUACCACACUCCCGACGAUCCGUACAAGUGUUUCCUUUGCAAAGAAACUCACAAUGGAGCCAGAUUAUUUUUUCUUCAUUUACACCAAGUAGCUCAUUCCUUCAAAUUUCCCAAAAAUUUUAUAUAA